GGUGUUUCUCUGGAAAAGUUUAUUUAUCUUUUUCGGUCUCAUUUCUACUGGAUGCUUGUAUUUGCCAGCAUGCACGAUCAUUCUAACCCUGACCCAAGAAUUUAUUUGGUGAACGAAAAUGCCGUUCUUUAAAAGAAAAUCGGCAAACGAUAAACAAAAGGUGCCUGUACCGCCUAGUCAAGAAACAGGAGCGAGGAAGUCGGUUAAGAGGACCCCGUCCAAUAGAAGUGCUGUGUCAGUAGGAAAGACUGAUCCUUUUAAUGGCGAUGUUGGUGUGGUGGGAGGUCAGGCAGGCAGUACCAAAAGUCGACCUGCCAAACUGCUUCUGUCUCCAGAGGAUCUGCAAGAAACAGGAGACUUGGGUGAUUGCGGCACAUCUUUACAAUCAAGGAUGCAAACUUCCUCACGAUUAUCCAAGACUUUGUCGGAGAUCUUGAAUGACAAAGAUGCCCUAAGCUUAUUCAUUAAAUAUAUGGAUGCUAUAAAAAAUGCCCAGCAUAUACGAUUUUGGCUGGAUGCUGAAAGCUUCCAGGCAUCAACUUGGAGUAGGUUACGAACUCAUUCUUUAAAUUCGGCAAAGAAGAGUUUGUCGUCUGGCAAAUCUGUGGAUGAAAUUAGGGUAGUGGUACCAAACAGAACAGGGGAGAUAACCCCUGAACAGUUAAGUAGUGAUACACGGCAAGUUGAUGGGAAUAUGAAAGUUAACAACGAUAACACACCACAACCAACAAGUGGAUAUUCUAGUCAAAUGGAGACAAACAAGGAAUGUAGGGAUGAAGACAUGUCCUCGGGUUCUGUGAAUACAGUGUCUAGAUAUAAAGGGUCGGAGGGAAAAAAGUCUAGUCCCGACCUGCCAGAAACAGAAGGACAAAUGUUUACACCGGGGAUAUCCUCUAGACAUAUUGACUUACCAAAGCUUGAUGCUGUGAUAGGAAGUAGUGUAGGCGUUGUCUCGGGGGAUAUAAACCCCCCUGGAGUAGAAAUGACUGAACCCCACAGAGAGGGGGAAGACAAGGAGGAUCCUGAUAGUGUUACUGUGAUAUCUAGGUCAAGUUCACAAGAGGAUGGGGAGAGGAAGGCGAAUAGAGCAGUAUCACAUGACGAUCUCGCAGAAAAGUUAAAAAGAAGUAUAGAGAGAGAUGCUGUAAAGAUAUUUCAAAAAUACUUAUCACAUGAUGCGACAGAUCCGAUUGGUGCUCCAGACGAGUUACGCAAUGAAACAAUACACAAGAUUUGCAGAGAAGAUGGUCAAGUUGAUCCGCAGUGUUUCUCAUCCUGUCAAGAAUUUGUUUUCAGGAAAAUGGAAAAAGAGUUUUACCCGGACUUUAUCGUGAGUGAGUACUACUACAUGCACCAGAUAAACACACUGACGAGUACACAAGUCCACCUAGCUGACGUGUUGUACAACGAAGGCGCACUCUUCUAUUUCAUGGAGUACCUAGAACAGGAGGGCGGCAGCCAUUUUCUCCAAUUCCUGUUGGCCACGGACAACUUUCAGCAGCAUCUCGUGUCCUGUAGGGGGCAGUAUGAUGGCAUGGAGGCCCAGAGAGAUGCCAUGGUGCUUUAUGACAAAUAUUUUUCUUUGCAAGCCACAGAUCCACUUGGCUUUGAUGACAAAAACCGAUUUGAAGUUGAAGAAAAUAUAUGUCGGGAAGAAGGUCCACUUCCGGAUUGUUUUGCCAAAACUCGAAAUAUAGUCCUUAAGACGAUAGAAAAGACCUACUUCACAGCUUACCUCCAUAGUGAUGUAUAUUACAAGUAUCUGUCUGAAUUGGUUAGUACGGUCGAAACAGCUAACUACCCACCUCGACAACGGAAACGUACAGCCAGUGAUGCCUCAUCAGAACACAGUAGUCACAGCGCUGGGAGUGAGAGUCGAUCAUCCAAAAAUACUUACCUGGCGACAGACACAAGCCACCUACGUCACAGUAUGAAUAAGCUUGACACGGCCAUGAACCUCGACCCAGGGCUCCUGAACCCUGACCUUUUAUGGAAAAGGCAUAGUCCAAAGAUGAGUUUGGGAAAGGUUGACACCCUUGGAGAGUUCGUGUCAGAGUUUGACCCCAACCCUGACCAGGAGAAGGUAAAAGCAACUGGCCUCUUUAAGAGAAAGAAAGCAAAAGAAAAGGAGCAAGAAGAUAUGGCAUUAAAGAUAGCUCAGAUGAUUAUCAAUGAUGUGACCUCUGUCACGCAGACUAUUGGUGCAUUAAAAAACCCUGAGCAAGAUCUGGACGACGGGAGCUAACGAUGUGAUAUGUGGUUAUGGAGAUGAUGUAAGUUAGCAAUAGUUGAUAGUGAUAUGGGGACCUGAUGUAUGGAGUGUGUAAGCCGUUUGUGAUUCACCUCUAUUCAUAUUAUCUGUGCGAAAGCCAACUAUGAGUUUCUGUGUUUAAUACUGGUUAAUGAUCCCAUACUUAGCAUGGUUUCUGUCUCUGUACAUACAACAUUGGUGCUCGUGUAAUACUGUAAUCAACAGUGCUGAGAGGUCACAAAGGCGGCCAUCUGAUAAGUCAGAUAGUGGCUGAAUGUUUGAUAAGGUCAUCAGAUAUGCGAAAAAAAUACUCUUAUAUGCAUAGGUAUGAAAUGUUGGAAUAUUCCACCAAGGUUUACAAAAUACAGUGUAAUAUUAUGCUCUCUUUCAGUAGUUUUAUCACAUCGAUACCUUAGGGUGGAAUAUUAUUGCCUUCCAUACCCACAUACUUAAGAGUCUUAAACAGAAAUAUGUAUUUUUUUUCGGACAUGUAACUUGGAAACUCAGCAUUAUCUAUGUGUUCUGUAAUGUUUUUUUUUAUAUUUACAGGAAACACCAGUCUGUCUGAUUAUAAUCACCUGUUCAUGGCUCUGUUUUCUGCAUACUACACCCAGUAGUAAAUUCCCAUGAACAGGUGAUUUUAAUCAGACUGGGUUGAUACACAACAUAUCAUAUAGAUAUCAGGUUUUAUCAAUCAAAAUUGAUAUGAAGUGUUGACUCAUUAAAAAAUUCUCUCAAUAUUAUUUCCUAUUCUCUGAAGCUAUCGGCCUCACCCAAAUGGUGUCUGCUAAUGUUUUUUUUUUUUUUUUUUGGCUUGGAUACUUUGAGAAAUGCAUGUAAACUUUAUUAGUUUCAUGUUACAGAUAUAAUUUGCAUAUAAAGAAAAUUAUGGAUAAUCAAAACAAUCAAAUGUCUUCGUUCAUAUAAUAGUACACAUGUGUUUAUGUACAUGUGUUCCCCUUCACUUGCGUACUAUCUGUAUGAUAAACUUUCUCUAACCAAUAUUGCUUGGAAUUUUAUAUGUAAGGUUUACAUUUAGUGCCAUAAUCUCACGUGCAAUCCUUUCUCAUUUGUGAACUCAGAAUGAAAAAGUAUCCCACUUGUAAUUUUAGAAAAAAAUGAAAUAAAUGUGUAUUGUAAAAGUGGGGGGUUAAUUUUGCGAUUUCAAUAUGCAAACUAUACACUUGGGGGUAAUUUUCGCGAUAAAUCCACCCAUUUGUAGUUUAAGGUAAGGCAAAUUGAUAUAAAAAUAAUACGAAUAAGAGAAUUUUUCGCGAUCAAAAAGACUCCACGUAAUUAGCAUAAAUUUCCCCCUCUCGUAAAAUUUCCACGUUUACAAGUAUUUAUUUUCCAUCGCUAUAUAGAAAUCUUUCAGCAUGGUUACGAAGCAAGUGAUAUUAGUCGCCGCCAUUACACUUUAUUUAUGGGAGUAGGAAGAUAUGUAGAAAUUGGUUGGGGCUGAAGUGAAAAAAAAAAAUCAUAAACAAAACCUAAUGUUCUGACAAAGCUUUUUCUUGUAAUCAACAUAUUUUAUGGCAGAUAAUCCAGUCAAAUGUGACAGUAUUUAUUGGUAAAACUUUAUAAAAGGUGAAGAAUUCUUGUAUUUGAACAAAACACACAAAUGUGUGAACGCAUGUACAAUUGAAAAUAGAUUAUACAGAUAUACCAAUAAAGGCCAAUUUGAUUUAUUAAUUUCCGGAAAGCAUGACUUAUAGAAAAACAUCUUUAGAUAAAAAUCCGAAGUAAUACCAUGUUAGAGAUGAAUUUUGACAGAGAAUGAUCAUGUUUUAUACACUGUAAAUUACAACAGAAAGUUUGUUGAUAUUAACUUUUUUACUUCGAAAAUGAUUUGUCAAUACGGUAUGAGAUAAUGUCUGUGAUCUGGGUUAUGAAGUGUUGGUGUAAAGAUUGUUACAGGGACAUGGUACAAAUCCUAACCCACAGUCCAUGUAUUGUGUAUAUAAUAUACAUGUAAGUAAGUGCCAAUUUCAUUUUUAAAGACCACAGUAGUUUGUUACAUAACUGAGGGCCAUGAUUGUCAGUGUCUCAAAUAUAAAUAGUUUUUAGGGUUCUGAUCACUGGGACUCCUAUUCACAGUUAUGACUCAUUUCCGGGUUAUGACUUGAAUUCAGGGUUAUGACUCAUUUUCAGGGUUAUGACUUGAAUUCAGGGUUAUGACUUGAAUUCAGGGUUAUGACUUGGUUUCAGGGUUAUAACUUGAAUUCAGGGUUAUGACUUGAAUUCAGGGUUAUGACUUUGUUUCAGGGCUAUGACUUGAAUUCAGGGUUAUGACUAGUUUUCAGGGUUAUGACUUGUUUUCAGGGUUAUGAUUUGAAUUCAGGGUUAUGACUUGGUUUCAGGGUUAUGACUUGGUUUCAGGGUUAUGACUUGGUUUCAGGGUUAUGAUUUGAAUUCAGGGUCAUGACUUGAAUUCAGGGUUAUGACUUGAAUUCAGGGUUAUGACUUGAAUUUAAGGUCAUGACUUGGUUUCAGGGUUAUGACUUGAAUCCAGGGUUAUGACUUGAAUUCAGGGUUAUGACUUGGUUUCAGGGUUAUGACUUGAAUUCAGGGUUAUGACUUGGUUUCAGGGUUAUGACUUGGUUUCAGGGUUAUGACUUGAAUUCAGGGUUAUGACUUGGUUUCAGGGUUAUGAUUUGAAUUCAGGGUUAUGACUUGGUUUCAGGGUUAUGACUUGGUUUCAGGGUUAUGACUUGAAUUCAGGGUUAUGACUUGAAUUCAGGGUUAUGACUUGGUUUCAGGGCUAUAACUUGGUUUCAGGGUUAUGACUUGAAUUCAGGGUUAUGACUUGGUUUCAGGGCUAUGACUUGGUUUCAGGGUUAUGACUUGAAUUCAGGGUUAUGACUUGGUUUCAGGGUUAUGAUUUGAAUUCAGGGUUAUGACUUGAAUUCAGGGUUAUGACUAGUUUUCAGGGUUAUGACUUGAAUUUCAGGGUUAUGAUUCGUUUUCAGGGUUAUGACCCAGUUUCAGAAUUAUGAAUAAUGUCAUUAAACUAGUUGUCGGGUAACACAUUGAUAAACUCCCGCCUUUUACCUAAGCGGCCAGGGUUUAAUUCACUGAUUGGGCCUGCCUGACCAUGUGGGCUUUCUCUGGGUACUCACGGUUACUUCCCACAGUAAGACCCUUUAAGCCCUAUAAUAUUAACUACACUUUAGAUAAAAGCCUAUAGCUAUUGGAACAUGCAUCAGUUGCAGUGUUGCUAUUAGUUACUGAUGUCAUAUAUUAACGAUAAUCCUAAACAUUCCGAGCCUUUGGGAUUCUAAUACUAUUGGGUAUUCAUAGCACUUCCAUAUACAGUCAAAUCUGCCUUAGCGACCACCUGAAUUAAACGACUUCCUUUCAUAUGCGACCGUUCAUAAUUCAUAAGUCAU